AUGAGCACAUUUUACGUCACCACACCUAUCUACUAUCCCAACAGUGAACCGCACGCAGGAAACGCCUAUACCACUAUCGCCGCCGAUGUCUUAGCGCGAUAUCACCGGCUCAAAGGCAAUAAAGUCUGCUUUCUUACCGGCGUUGACGAACAUGCUGCCAAUGUGUAUAACGCUGCUAAAAAGGAAGGGCUCUCACCACAAGCUUAUUGCGAUAAGAUCGCGCCAACGUUCGUUAAGCUGUGGGAACGCCUGAACAUCUCGCAUGACAUCUUUUUCCGUACAACCAGCGAUUUACACAAGCGCGGCGCGCAAAAAUUCCUUAAUGUACUCUAUGACAACGGUGAUGUUUAUAAAGGGAAGUACGAAGGGUAUUACUGUCUCUCAUGUGAGGAGUUCUUUUCAGAGAAAGAAUUAACAGACGAAAAAAUCUGUCCUGUUCAUAAACUGCCACUGCAAUGGUUGGAAGAGGAGAAUUAUUUUUUUAGACUCUCCAAGUAUCAAGAUCGUUUACUCGCGCAUAUCCACGAGAAUCCGGAUUUCGUCUACCCUGUUGCUCGCCGCAAUGAGUUAUUAAAUUUUCUGGAAUCUGGAUUACAAGAUGUCAGUAUUUCCCGUGCCUCCCUAUCUUGGGGAAUUCCGUUCCCGUUUGAUCCGGAGCAUAUCAUAUAUAUUUGGAUAGAGGCUUUAAGUAAUUAUAUUACUGCUCUCGGUUAUGAAACAAGUAGCGAGCAUUAUCAAACCUUUUGGCCCGCUGAUGUUCACAUGAUGGGAAAAGACAUCACCCGUUUUCACGCGCUGCUUUGGCCUGCGAUGCUGAUGGCUGCGAACUUACCACUUCCUAAACAUAUCGUCGGGCACGGUUGGUUGACAAAAAAUGGCGAAGCACUGAGCAAAACGCGCGGCAUCUUCAUUGAUAUGGAUGGCGAUAUUGCCACUUAUGGUGUUGAUGCGUUCCGUUAUUACCUCCUGCGCGAAUUUAGUUUCGGCAACGAUGGUGAUUACCGUCCCGCUCGUUUGCACGCGCGUUACAAUGCAGAUCUCGCGAACGAUCUCGGCAACCUUCUCAAUCGUGUCCUCGGUUUAGUCAACAAGAACUUUGAGGCAAUUCCCACACCGACAACACCGGGUGAAUUUGACGACGAAGUCAAAGAGAUGGCACAAACGACGGUAGAUAAAUUAGAUGAGCAUAUAAACACGUUCGCUUUUGACACGGCAUUGGAAACUAUCUGGGAAUUCGUCAGGCGCAUCAAUCGCUAUAUCCAACAGACACAGGUCUGGACGCUUGCGAAGCCGGAGACGAAACCGAGAAUGGGCACGAUCCUUUACAAUAGUUUAGAGGCACUCCGGCUCAUCUCUGUGCUAAUUUCUCCCUUUAUCCCCGAAACUGCUGAGAAAAUCCAGAAACAGAUCGGUUUAGCGGAUUUCGAUACUGUCGCAGAAUGGGGAUGUUUACCUGCAGGUCUAACAGUCAGCAAGGGUGAACCUAUUUUCCCACGCAUCGAUACCAAAGAGCAGAAACAACCACAACCGGAAGCGGCAGCCAAACCGAAGCAGCAGAAGAAAAAGAAGACAACCGAUCUGGUCUCCUUUGCCGAUUUCCAGAAACUUGAUCUGCGCGUCGCGCUUAUCCUUGCCGUUGAACCCAUUGAAGGUGCUGACAGGCUUCUCAAGUUGCAAGUAGACCUCGGCACUGAGAAACGGCAGGUUGUUGCUGGGAUUGCCGAACACUAUAAACCGGAAGCACUCGUCGGCAAACAGGUGAUAGUCGUCGCGAAUUUGGAACCCGCCACUAUCCGUAACGUCGAGUCACACGGCAUGAUUCUUGCAGGAAGCGGAGACUCCGUAGUCUUAGCAACCCUCGAAACCGAAAUGCCCCUCGGCACACAAGUAAGGUAG